AUGGCUACUCUGCCCUUGCCGCCUCACCGGUCCCUCCUCCAUGGAGUCGAGCAGCUGCCGCCGUACACUCCUCGCAUAGGGCCUCCGAUCGACUCCGAAACAGCAUCUGUACAUUCAAACGCGCCGUCAUACGUUUCUGCUGCCCCGUCCUACCACUCGUAUGUCCCACCACUCCAUCGACGGGCGAACGAUAUACCCUCUAGUACCUCGCCGACCGAGAGUCAACAACGCCAAUCACGGCUAGAACCACAGCAGCAGCAGCAGCCGCCGCAGCGACCGCUGGACCGGACCCGAACGGAACCGAACGACACGAACCGACAUGGCCUCCCUCCAACGCCAAUGUACGCCCGUGGCUUCGAGAAUCGCAUCGGCCCGACAUCCCCCUUCAGCAAUUCAUCAAAUUUCACCCCCCGAUCCAUCAGCAAUACCGCCUCCAGCCUUCGGUCGGUAUAUAACUCGUCAGAAUGGGUCCCGGUGAUGGGCGGCUUACAGUCGCGCCAUUACCGAAAUGUCGCGAACAGGCGUGCAACUAGUUCAUCUAGUGAAAUCGAUGCUAUCUCGAGAUUCAUAUUCCCGGGCCUCUUUCAGACCGCCGCAACAGACAUCACGACAACCAGUAUAUCCGAAAUAGAGAAUCGGCCUACUUCGUCUCGGAAUGUAGCCGCGCCGGUUUCUCUUGGAACAGUUCAUAACUCUUCCACAUUGACGCUCGUCCAUUCUCCAGCCGAAGAACCGCCCGCCACUGGGCCAAUCCCAAACGAGUCAUCUCUACCCACACACUCCGGUGUACACCUCCCCCUAUCUCCACAUGAAGACCCAGAUCUAGUAGGUGAAGAAGCGGCUGCACGGUUCCGUUCUCAACGGCUCUACAUGGCCUCUCAGCAGGAGGAAUUGAAUCGAGUCCAAGCCCAGUCUCGAAACCAUGCUCAGCAACAAGAGCCCUCCCAGCCAGGUUUGGUCUACCAGUAUAGUUCACUGGUAUCGCCAGCAUCCACCUCGAUUGAAUUUACACCUUCACCGGAACAGCAACGCCGAGCUCACGGUUCUCCAACUUCUCCUGAUAACACCCUGCUCCGGCCUAGGAUUAGUAGCGAGCGCAUCGAAGCAACCAGAUCACGGAGUCCAGAAGUGCGUCAAUUUAACGUUCCUCCACUCACACCAGCACCGACAGUGACGCCCACUCCCACACCCAGUGCACGAGCUGGGCCGGGCCCAGGGACCACUUCACGGUACAACCGCAGAUCUUUAGUCGACCGCGACGACGUCCUGCGCGCCCAGGAAUCGCAAAAUUGGGACUUCAUGUUAGCACAGAUGGCAGACGGGGAAGGGCGCGAACGUAGUUGGAAGAGGUAUAAGGGGCAAGUAGAGAAGCAGAUACAUGUUGCAAGGCAUUUGAAGUUGGGGCCCCUUUUGAUAGUUGGUUGGAGGAGGAAGUUGGAGGAAAGGAGGAAAGCGAAGGCAAGGGGCCUUCAUUAG